AUGCAGUUCACAGCCGGUCUGGCAAUCGCCGGAUUCGGAGGCGGACCAUGCCAAAUGGCCAUGUGCUCAAUCCCUGAGCUCAUGCCCAAUAAGUACCGCCACAUCGGCAUCACCAUCUCCGAUGGCUUCGUCUUCGUCAUUGUUGUGAUCGGUCCAGUCGUCGGACGCUACGCCAUUGACAGCGGCGACAGCUGGAAAUACGUCUAUUGGGGAGGCUUUGUCGCGCAGUUCAUCUCCAUGGUCUGCCUCUACCUCUUCUACUUCCCACCGAAGCAUCCGAAGGGCGUGCCAUGGAGAGACGCCAUCAGUGGCCUCGACUACGUUGGAACGGCGCUGAUCGUACCUGGUGUGUGUUUGGUCCUUGUCGGCAUCAUCGAGACUACCUACAAGAAAGCAACAAGCGCCUCAGUACUGGCACCCCUCAUCGUCGGCUUCGUUCUCAUCGCGCUCUUCUCAUUCUGGGAGACCUUCUCCUCCGUCAAAUAUCCGCUCUGUCCGCCAAGAAUUUUCAAAUCCCACAACGGACGAGAAUUCACCGUCCCCUUUAUCCUGGCAUUUAUAGUCACAAUGUUCUAUUACGGAAUCAACGUUAUAUACCCGACAAUGCUGAACGUCUUUUACAUCACUCCGACAACGUCACGCAGCGAGACUCUCCUUCUUACCCUCCCCGGCAAUCUCGGCCUCGUUUUCGGCGCCAUGCUCCUCAUCUGCUUCGGAAAUCUCUUCGGCCACUGGAAGUGGACGCUCGUAGGCUCCUGGAUUGGCAUGACAGUCUUCGGCGGCCUCAUGGCGCUCGUAACGCCGUACAACAAGGGGAUGAUGAUCGCUUUCACGUUCCUCGAGCAGACCUUCUUCGGCUGGGCCCAAUAUGAGAGCGUCGCCUUCACGCAGUUGGGCGUCCACCAGCAUGAUCUGGGCAUGAGCGGCGGCCUGGCCGGCGUGGCGCGGUAUGCGGGCGGAAGUCUAGCGCAAGCAAUCUACGUCUCGAUCCUCACAAACACGCAAUCCGCGCGGGCCGCAGCGACGGUGCCGGCGGCGGCAGUUGCGGCGGGCCUCUCGUCCGAGAACGCGGCGUCGCUUUUGGCGGCUUUUCCGCUGGGGUCGGCGGCGCUGCAGGCGGUGCCGGGUGUGAAUGCGGAGAUUCUUGGGGCCGCUGGUGAGGCUUUCAAGUGGAGUUAUGCGCAUGGGCUUAAGAUGACGGCGCUGGCAAGUCUGUCGUUUGGGGGGCUAGGGCUGAUUAUGUGCUUGCUGUGCGAGAACAUCGACGCGAAGAUGAAUGAUAAGACAGAAAUUUUCUUGGAGAACGACGUUAAUGCGGAGAAGAACGAGUUCCAUUAG